GGUGGUUUUAGGUGAAAAACGGCCUUAGUUCCUUUCAAACGAGCCAAAAUGGCGCUCAAUCUGGUUGUCAAGGUUCAUCCCGUAGUAUUAUUUCAAAUUGUGGAUGCCUACGAGCGCCGCAAUGCGGACUCACACCGGGUUAUCGGAACUUUAUUGGGAACCUGUGACAAGGGGGUGGUUGAGGUCACAAACUGCUUCUGUGUGCCCCACAAGGAGCACGCAGACCAGGUGGAGGCCGAGCUCAACUACGCCAUGGACGUGUACGAGCUGAACAGGCGUGUAAACGCCACAGAGAACAUUGUUGGCUGGUGGGCCACCGGCAACGAAGUGACCAACCACUCCUCCGUCAUCCACGAGUACUACUCUCGCGAGUGCCGGGAGCCUGUCCAUGUGACAUUGGACACAUCACUGCAGGGAGCACGCAUGGGACUCCGUGCUUAUGUAUGCGUGGCCCUUGGCGUGCCUCGUGGCAAGCAGGGGUGCAUGUUCACUCCUAUUGAUGUUACGCUUACGAGCUAUGAGCCUGAGAUUGUAGGUCUACAGCUGUGCCAGAAGACAAUGGGUCCCGGCGGGCGCUCGCGGCAGGUGCAGCCCGGGCCCGACCUAGCGCUGGUCGCCGAAGCUGCCACCAAGCUGUCCUCACUCUUAGACCAGGUGCUAGGCUACGUGGAAGACGUGCUGGCCGGGCGCGCGGCGCCGCACAACGCGACCGGGCGCGCGCUGCUGCAGCUCGCGCAGGCCGUGCCCGGCCUCGCGCAAGACUCCUUCGCCGACGCCUUCGCUAACUCCGUCAAGGACCUGCUCAUGGUGGUGACCCUAGCCCAACUUAUCAAAACUCAACUCCAGCUCAACGAGAAGCUUACUCUCCUCACCUCACAGUAACGUCUCAAAUUAUUUCACGUCUCGUUUUCAGAAUAUACUACUUACGCUAUAUUAAUAUAAAUAUCCAUCUACAUACAAACUGUAAUUGAAAUAGCGGAUAAAAAUCAAUCAUUUUAUUUGUCAAUAAAUUGAUUAUUAUAAUAA